UUUAUUUUUAUUAAUUAAACUGUUAAAUGAAUAUAAAUGGAGCAUCUUAAUCGAACUGGUCAAGUCGCAGAACUUUGUCUUGAAAAAUGUAUGAAAACUUAUUUGAAAAAAUGUCCAACUUUGUUUCACGUUUGUUAUGAUCCAAUUGGUACUCAUAAGAAGAAAAGAGCCGCUAUUGGAUUUAUCUUUGGAUUUUGUAUGGGGUUCUUGUUGUAUGAGUUUGUCAUUGUUGAUCUUCAGUUUGACCAACGUACUAGUCUUCUUUUGGGAGCUAUUAUCAUGACGAUGCUUUCUCUUGGAUGUGCUGCUUCAAUACAGGUCCGAUGUAUCAGCCUUUUGACGAUUCCAGCCUUUUGUGGUCGAUCUGGUCGGAGUGUAUUGAAGACUUUGGUCCUUGGCUACAUAAUUGCGGGUCCAAUUUUCAAUUUGACCUACAAUGCAAAAGAAGUAGUGAGAACCUUUUCUUGCACCACUCAACUAACGUAUAAUCUGACAAAAACUAGAUUAGACCUGAUGUUCAAACCAUUCAAAGAGGCUCUUUUAAAUAUGAAAGCGGAUGCUGAUGAAGUGAGGGACAUCUUGACAUCGGUGAAAGAACUCACACUGCCUAUAGUUGAGGAAAUCGAGGGAGAGGAGGAAAUGAGGCGCUUAAAGGAGGAAAAUGAUUAUUUGGAUGAUUUACAAAAUGAAACGAGGAGGAGUGAAGAAAUUGAGGAAAAAAGUCUCAAAAAACUGUCAAAAGCUAAAUCAGAAGGUGAUAUUUAUGAAAUAAAAUAUAAAGCUAAAAUUGAGGCUCGCUGUGAAGAACAACUAAGUCGAGGCUCUGAAAGAUGCAGAGAAAUGUUCGCUGAUGCCUUUGAUACAUGUGAGAAAAAGGUUACAAGGGCAGCAGCUUGGUUGCUUUGUUGGCCGAUGAAAUUGAACUUUGUGUGCAAUAUAGUUCAGGCUUUAGGUGGGUCAAGCAUUUGUGAUCCAGACGGAAAAAUCGAUCCUGGGAUUGGAGAAGGAUAUGCGGCCUUAAAAGAUUCUAAGAAGAAGCUUAGUGAAAAUAUGAAGGAAGCAACUCUUCAAUUCAAGGUUGAAAUAGCUCCAGUUGUUCUUGAUGUUCAUGGAGCAAGUGAUACAGCCAAGGCUAUCAUGCACGAUUUCAGUUUGAGGAGAAAAAUAUUUGACAACAUCAUCACUAUACUCAAAAGGAGUCUAGCCUUUAUAUUCCUUAAGAUUAUUCUCAGUGCUCAGAAGUACCAUGACAAAUUCCUAAACGAAAUAGAAUUUGACAACGUUUAUGUAACUCCAUACUUUCGUAAGAUUGAUGCCAGAAGAAAAGUCAGAGGAAGCUUUACUCUACUACCCCUAAAGAAAAGUGAGAGACGUAGCUUCGUAGAUCCUUACAGAAUGAAGCAGAACAAGCUAGAGAAAAAGAACCUCAUUGGCCAGACAGUUAAACUCAUUUUGGAAAUGAUCACUGCGACUGCUUUUGUGCUCCUUGAUAAGCUCUUUUUUGAAACCCUGGAUCUCGUUAGGAGACAUGCUUAUCUGGAAUACACCCAGGCAGGUCACCACGACAUGUCCCUGGAAGUUCGGGGAACCGGAGUGAUAGCAUCUUUGAUCAGAAGUGUCAUCCGUAGUUUCAACAUUAAGAAGCGAAUAAAGAUGGUAGUCACUAACGAGGCCUGUCUUCCUCAGCCCAAAAAGCUCUCUAACUACAUCCUCCUUAAGAUCUAUGGCACCUAUCUAGGCGUAUGGCUCAUGCUUUUAGGUACAGCUUACACCCAGCGAACGAGAAGGAUCAUUUGCUCUUUCUUCUACAGAAAAAGAGAAAAGCGUCGUGUUCUCUAUCUGUAUAAUGAAACCAUACGACGUCGCGUCGGCUACUUCAGGUUCAUGAAGGCAAAAGUGAAGAACCUUGUAAGGGCUCAUCGUCUGGAACAAAAUAUGAGUCCUUGGCUGGCGCUACUAAAUAGAUAUCCAAACCUUUGUGGAUGGCUUCAGUUUUUUGCUUGUUCUCGAGAAAAGUGCCUUAUUUGUGAAGAGAGGGAAACAAAGAAAGGCCCAGAGUUUAGGAGGUGUACUACUCCUGGGUGUCCUUUUGUUCACUGCCAGGAGUGCUGGAGAGAUGUGGGGGAGAUUUGCUUAGCAUGUGCGGAUUUACCGGAGGGCGAAUCUGAGGAUUAUGAUACGCAGGAUCAGGAACUUUGAAAAGUACGAUACAUGGUCUGUAACAUCAAUCUCAAUCAUCAACAUUAGCAGCCACAAUAUCCCUUGAGCAAUAUUCAUCAGCCCCAAACCCCUAAUAAGGAUCAGCAAUAACAUCAUUAAAAACAAUUAUCUACUGUAAAAUAAUGUUUGAACCCAUCAGGAAUAUAGUUUGUAAAAAUCAUCAUCAACCACAUUAACUCAAACAAUUUUGAAAAGAACUUCUAACCAGAUUAGCCACAUCUUUAAUUAAUGUUUUCCACAAAAACAAUGUUGGACCAUAUCAGUUUUGAAAAUUAUAAUCCACCUUAUUAACAAUUUCAUGAACAAGCUCCAGAUUCCAUAAUAAUACCAAUUUGGAAUUAAUAGAUCCGCGAAAACUAUUACUACCUGUAUUAUUUCCAACAAUAAAUUUUUUCCCAAGAAGAUUGCCCACAAUUUAACAAUAAUUUUCACAAAAAUCACCAUCAUGAUCAUCAUCGACAAACUCGCUCCUAAAAAUACAUCAUCUAUAGUAGACUUCACUAAUAACACAUUUUAUUAGAAUCAUCAUU